AUGAUUUUUAGAAUAUCAGCAGGUGAUUUCUCAACAGACAACUAUAGAGAUUAAUCACAAUACUUAGUGAUAUUGACAUGGCUUGUCUGGAUAAUUGCAGUAUUAACUCUAAAUAUAGUGUUCAUGAAUUUUAUAAUUGCAGUUAUCUCAGAGUCAUACGAAAGAGUUAUGCAAAAACUUGUGGCUGAAACUUAUAGAGUGAAGGCUAAUAUGAUUGUUGAAAGAGAACAGCUUUUUUCAGAGACUGAACUUAAGAAAGAAGAAUUAUUCCCUCAAUAUAUUUUAAUCAGAAAAUAAAUCAGCAAUGAAUCUAAUGAUGCUGGAGAAUGGCAAGGAUUUAUCAAAGAUCUAAAAUAUACAAUUAGAACUACAGUAACAAAAUCCAAAGGAGAUAUUAUUCAAAAUAUGCAUACAUCAUUGGGAAAAAUUGAUGAGGGAAUCUAAUAAAAUUAAAAGCUAAUUGAUUUAAAUGAAAAUCUGGGGGACCAAAUUAAUAAAAUAAAAUAAUAACUUGAUUAAAAUUCAGAGAAUAGCAAACAAGUCAGCUUGCUUUUUAAAGAUGACUUUACAAGAAAUAAUCAAUAAAUCUAAGAAAAAAUUGAAUCAUAGUUGGGAGAAAAAGGAUAUAUAAUUUCAAGGAUUAAUUCAAUUGAAAUUACAUAGGAAAGAUUUAGUUCUAAAGUAGAAAAACUUUAGGAAGAUAUGGAUUUCAUUAAAUCAACUUUAGCUUAGUUGCUUCAGAAAUAAACCCAGUGA